AUGAGCAUAAAUUUGGAAGACGGUAUAGCUGCAAAUGCAAAAAGAAAAAGAACCCUAGAAGUGUAUGUAGAACCGCCAAACAAUUUGGAUUUGGACACGUACAUCGCAAACUACAAAGGGCACACCAAAGUUGACCGUCUUCUUUUCAUAGCGAAACGUUGUCCUGCUCUUCAAAUUGAAGCUUAUAAACUGGCCCUACAAGAGAUACAAACAAGCACACUAGAUCAUAAUAAAUAUAUUGCUGCUGCUACAAAACUCAACGAGGCGUUGUCAGCACAAGGACGACCUCUGUUUCAAAUUGAUUCAGCAUGGGUGGACUCGACUCAGAAGCGCGCAAAGUCGACAGUGGAAAGAUUGGAGGCUGAAUUAAAGAACUAUAAAAAUAAUUUGAUUAAGGAGAGCAUUCGGAUGGGACAUAAUGAGUUGGGGGAUCACCAUUAUAAUUGUGGUAGCCUCACAAAUGCAUUAAAAUGUUAUUCGAGGACUCGCGACUAUUGUACCACUGCUAAGCACAUUAUAGAGAUGUGUUUGAAUGUGAUCAAGGUUUCGAUUGAACUUGGCAACUACUCGCACGUACACAGUUAUGUUAUCAAAGCAGAAUCCACACCGGAUAUCCCACCGGUGGUACAAGCCCAAUUAAAAGUGGCCGCUGCUUUAGCACAUCUUGACAGUAGCAAAUAUAAAGUGGCAGCACGACUAUUUCUCGAAACUGGGUUUGAUCUUUCAAAUAAUUAUUCAGAGGUUAUUUCGCCUAACGAUGUAGCGGUGUAUGGAGGCUUGUGCGCACUGGCUUCAUUUGAUCGAGCAGAAUUAAAAAGUAAAGUCAUAGACAACACAGAAUUCAAACAAUUCCUCGAACUUGAACCUCAUAUUCGGGAAUUAAUACAUGGUUUUUACCAUUCAAAAUAUGCCCUCGUGUUGGAUAUUUUGGAAAAAUGGAAGAAUGAUUAUCUCCUGGAUCUUCAUUUGCAUAAUCAUUUGGAAACACUUUACGACAAUAUCCGCAAAAAAGCACUCAUCCAAUAUUUCAGCCCUUUCCUCACAGUGGAUCUAAACAAAAUGGCACAAUCAUUUUGUACGGAGGUCCCGAAAUUGGAAAGAGAGCUCGCGAAAUUAAUUACCGAAAAUCAGAUUCAGGCGAGAAUUGAUAGUCAUAAUAAGAUUCUUUGCGCAAAGCAGCAAGACCAAAGAAGCGGAAUAUUCCAAAAUUCAUUGAAGAUGGGCGAGGAAUACGAAAAGAACACUAGUGCCAUGUUACUUCGUAUGAAUUUAUUGAAGCAAAAUCUCGUAGUUAACAAGGACUCAAAGUAA